UUCAUCUUUGACCUUUAGUAAUUCUUCCAAGUCUAUGACACUUUUCGCUAGUAAUAUGGCAUGGUCUGCAUGUGUAAGAUUAUAGACAUUCCUUCUUCCUGUCUUCACUCCUCCUUCUGACCUGCUAUUCUUAUGAUACAGUGCACACAUUCCAUACGUGGCUUCCAGCCUAUGUGGAAGCCACACGGAGGAAAAACAAUCCUGUGUUUCAAUGGGGCAUGAGCAUACAUGCUUUUACCUUUAUGAUGGGGGUCCCGGAACAGAUCUCCCAUGUAAGGGAAGGGUCCACUGUACUUUCUGCAUACAAACUGAACAAGUUUCAGAUUUCAUGACUGAAAUCAAUACAUUCUCCAUGAGACUUAAGGAACAGUCCACUACACUUGGACCAACCUUGGCAGGCAAGAAACAAAAAUGGACUGCUGCUUCAGUCUCAUGAGAAUGAUCAGUCUCAGUAAGUAUCAACCACUCUCAUUUGCAUGGGUCUAUGCUAUAUAAUCUUAAGGUGUUUCUUGCUGCAGAUGUGUUAAAUAUCAUUAUUGUAAAAAUAAUAUCUACCAGAAGGUGAUAUAUGGCUCCUAUAAAGACCGGAGGACAUAUGUGAACUUAGUUUGGGAUACACUGCUCUCUAUAGCACUUUGGAUGUAUAUUUAUUGAUUUUCAGAAUUACUACAGUAUAGUUACUGUAUAUAAAUAAUUUAUUAUUAUUUAUAUGUUACAGUGGUGGUUUUAUUCUUUGGACACAUUUAUUUCUUUGACAUAUCACAGUAUAAUGCACUGGUAGUUUCUCACUUCUAUUUUUUCCUGCGUUGUUUGUGAAACUCUUCUGUUGUGUUUGUACUAUAUGGGAGUCAUGCCAUGACAGCUAGCUUCACACACCAAUGUUAGUGCUAAAUAUUAGUGUUACUUGUCAUAUUUAUUAUUGAGUCAUGUUAUUCCCAGGCUGGCUGAAGGAGCAAUCCACAACUGGUGGGUUAUUACUUCACACCAGUUUGAUCAAGGGAAGAGACCCAACGUUCUAAAUCUUUUUGGUCCGUUUUCUCUCUCUCUCAAUGGUUUUAAUUUCCAUGCCUUAACAGCUACUUUACUUUAUUUCUCACUUUCUUCCUCUUUCAAAUUCUUGGAAAAUCUUCUUCUAAAAAUAAAUUUAAACUAUGGCUAAUGGUGUAAAGAAAAAAAGCAAACAAUACAAGGUCUAGAUGGCAAGAGAGAAAAGCUACACUUUCCUUCUAAAAAAAAGAAAAGGAACUAGAGCAUGAAACAUUUUGAAAAUCUCCCCUAAGACCACAGCUGUGCAAUUUUACUCAGGCAGUUAGCAAGUUCAGUUUUAGGGAAAAUAACAAAGCUGGACGUUAAAUUUCAUUGAUGAAUUACAGAAUAAAUAAGCAUUGGAAGAAGUGUACUCAUAGAAUUUUAGAAGCAUCCUUCCUUAAACUCAUCAAUGGACAAAUAGCUACAAUCACUUGAGGAAGAAAAAUAAAAGCAUUCUAGAAUGGUCAGUACUAAGAUUUUAAAAUUUAAAAUAGAAUUUGUAUAACUUGGUGAAUAUUGCACUACUCUCUCUCUCUCUCUCUGAUUUCCUUUCUCUGUGUUUGUGUAAUUCUGCUACCCCACAAUGGAACCCAACAUUUGUUUUAUCAUCCUAUCAUUUGUUUCACACAAUGUGCCUGUAUUUAUAUCUUAGCAGUGGAUAUGUAGAUAGCUAGUGUUCUAGCCUCUUCCAGUGCAUUCAUUUAUUAAGCAGGUUUGACCCUAAUAUGACUCUGUACCUUUGUUAAGAUUUCAACACUUUCACAAAGUGAUGGUAGUUAUUUACCAGGAGAAGCAGGUGGCAGGCAUAAUUUUGUUAUCUCUUCUUGCAGCUGGCUAAAUUAUUAACACUUUCCAUUCUAAUUCUUAGAUCUUCUGCUUUACAUGAGCUUUUGCAGACACACACAUUGCAACUGGUCUUUCUGAGCACAAUGACACUCAACCCUUUCACCUCUGUAUUUUUCCAUCAGCCACUUUAAAAGACAUCUGAGAAAAGAAUUCUGGGCAGGGAAUCAGGCUUCAGCAAAGUAUAAAAGAAAGUACAGAAGGCAGCAGAAGAUGCAUUUUUAUUAUUUAUUCUGCCUGUGGAUUCCUCUUUCUCUUGGUGACUCAAAUAUGCAACAUGCGUGUCACAAAAUUUGCUUUUGCAAAGAUGGGUCAAUGUUUGUGAACUGUUCAGGAGUCAGUGUAAGUUCCAGUUUAAUGUUCCCCUUUGAGACAGAACACUUGGAUCUGUCAAAUAGCAACUUGCAUUCUGUUCCAUGGAAAGGUCUGAGACACUUAUGGAAACUACAGAUUCUUCUCUUGAGUGGCAACUACAUUUAUAAAGUUGAAGAUAGGGCAUUCAUCUUCUUGGAAAGACUUCAUAAGCUUGAUAUUUGUAGAAAUGAAAUUUCAUUUCUUGGAAACAGUUUUUCAGUGGGACUCAUGUCUCUCCUUGAACUCAUUUUGUCCUAUAAUAGACUGCAGGAGUUGCGGUACAAGAGCUUCCAGCACUUUGAAAACCUUCAGAAGCUCAAUCUGCAAAAUAAUAAUAUAUCUUCAAUAGAAAUUGGUGCUUUUCGCAGUCUCAGCUGUUUGAGACAGCUUUUUCUUCAGAAUAAUUAUCUUCACAGCUUACACAGUGGAAUUUUUUCCAUGCUGCAACACUUGGAAAUUUUGAACUUGGAGCGCAAUGUCAUCAAAACCAUUGCUCCUGAUGUCUUUACUUCUUUAAGCAGCCUCACAAUACUUAACUUGGUCCACAAUAAAAUAGAGCAUAUUAGAUUCAAAACAUUAUUAUCUCUGCAGAGUCCUGGAACUCACAUCUUGCUGUCAAACAACCCAUGGUUCUGUGACUGUGACCUUCAAAGAGUAUUUGCAAAACUACACAGUGUCAGGAGGCUGAUAUUGGAUGACUACCAGAAUGUGACCUGCACAGAGCCCCAUAUUCUGAGAGGCCUCCCUCUGUCUUCUGUGGAUACCCAGUUGUGCAUUGCUGAGACAGUAACAGUCCUUGUCAUAACUUUUACAGUCUUGGUUACUGUGGUAGCUGCCAUUGUCAUGGCUGAAAGAAACAGAAAGAAAAGGACGGGCAAGCAUUGGAGUGAGGACAGUGAGGUAUCCUAUGAUGCUCAUAAUUAAUUUCAUUCUAGAUAUUCCUACAUUUUAUGUGUGCUUGAUGGUACUAUUUUAUCUACUCACCACAACAUUAAGUAAUUUCAUUCAGAUUUUACAUCCUUUUUUAAUGUUCUUAAUUCUGAAGCAUUAAGCCAUCAUUAUAAAAUAGACAAUGUUUAAAGAGAUUACAUUAAUAGUUACUUCCACCGGCCUGAGAAGAAGGAGACUCCACUCCCCAUAACUGCCAUCUGCCGGCCUGAGAGGGAGUUCACCAGGUAGGUCCAGCUCCAUCAGGGC